AUGUCGUCGAGCAAUGCUGGGUCUCAAUUGUUUGGUGACGAAGAUCCUUUUGUCAUUGUGAAUUCAGAUGAGGACGUCACUGUUACUGCUGGCCCUCAGAAGAAAAAGAAGAAGAGGAUCGUGAAGGUGGGCGAUAGGGCGAAAUCCAAGAAAGCUAAGACGGAUGCGUCCUCGAAGGAAACCACACAGCCGGGUAUUGAGACGGUGCCCCUUGCCACUGAGUCUGUUCAGAAACCUGUGCCGGAAGCAGGGCCAAGCAUAGUUCCCCCCGUGGCGGAGAAAGGGAAGGGCCCCCUCGAGGGAGAGGCAAUAGUCUUGCCCCCUCAGCUGUUCGAGGGAGGCCCGUCUGUGGUAGUUCACACCUUUAGCAACCCAUCGUCAAUCGAGUGUCCUAUUCUCGAGGAAUUCGCUGCUCAGCUGAAUGAAGUCGACAGCCUGAGACUGGCUAAGGAGGCUGAAAUUGUCGAGGUGCAGGGUAAAUAUGAUGAGCUUGACGAGAAGAUGAAGUCGUUUGGUAGCCUGAACAUUUCCAAGGAGGAACUACAUCAGUGGUGCACCGUCUUCAUGAAUAAAAUGAUGUCUAUAGGAGGGAUGGCUGUAACCCUCGAGGAGAUGAACUUGGUUGCCACCAAGUGCGGAGCGCACCGAGUUGGCAUGGAAGGGUUGAAGAGGCUCGACCAGGAGAGGCCGAUUAAGGCAAAAUGGUUCAAGCAGCUCCUAAUGAAGGACCCGAAGAAAACCAUGGACGAAGCCAUGGGUCCAAGUGAGGAAGACCCUAUACCCGAGGUACCCGACAAAUACAUGGGCAUCGAGCUCGAGGACACUGAUGAAGCCACCGAGGAGGGCGUUGCUGACACCAGCCAUUCUGGUGUCCAGAGAACUGUCGAGGACGCCUCCCAAGACCCUUCUAAGGACCCUUCCAAGGAUCCUCCACAAGGCAGUGAUGCUCAAGAAAGUUGGACCAUUCACCGUGUUCACCUCAUGGUGCUGUCGGAGGAGCAAUCGAGGGAGUUCUCAUUAUAUUCCAUGAUUAGUGGGAUUCUGAGAAGUCGUGUUGAUGUGCACAGUCUCGAGACGGUGGCACACUUAGAGAAUGACCUGCUCGAUGCAAUGAGGACGCACAAUGUAAAGGUUAACCAGCAUUUGAUAAACGAGAUUAAAGGACUCCGUGAGGAGAUGCAGCGUCGAGAUGUUCAAAGCCUGAAAGACCACAGUGAUUCUUUGACUUUCGAGGCCGAGAUUCAUGAUGAGCUGGUUACCUUGGAGAAAGAGAAUGCUCGGCUUAGGGCAAGACAAUAG